CCCCACCUUCUUUUCUUUUCUAUCAAACCCAAACAAACCCUAUCUUCCAUCUUCUUCUACGCUCCACUCAUCCUCUUCUACGCCAACCCUGCAACCCCAAAUCUCCAAUCCACCAAUCGCUUCAUCGCCCACCUGAAGCGCUCUCUUGCCGAGACUCUGACCGUCUACUACCCUUUCUCCGGCAGGACGAAUUCGGGCAAUUUGCUCAUCGACAGGUUCGGGGAAAGCAUCCCGUUCAUCCAUGUCAAGGUCGAAAGCUGCCGCCUUUCCGAUUUCCUCAAACGUCGUGAACCGAAAAACCUCAACCGCCUCCUCCCUCGAGCUCCCUUCCGUCGAGAAAGCUUCGAAUUCGACUCCCCUGUUUUGGAGAUGCAGGUCUCUGUUUUUGCCGUGCAAGGUCAUCGGCGGUUUGAAGGGUUUCGUAAGUACGUUAGCGAUGCUUGAAAGACGGCGAGCCAAUCUUGGGACCGCAUCUUAGAGGUGAAAGAAGUGAAACCCUUUCUAUGUUGUGGCCGGGAGAUGGCGAAGGAAUGGAGGUUCUCUGAAGCCGAAUCAAGCUCGUUGGUUUAUUAGCUAGCUUUUGGAGACGAUAUACUGGAAGAAGAGCCAUCGCAGUAGCAAUUUCAUGGUUUUCAUAAAGGAAGAAGGAAAGGCAGAAGAUGCUGGCGGCAGGCAUGGCUUCCCCAAAGGGGAAGCUGGUGAAGAUGAUGUAGGUGGAGGCUCUCCGCUGCAUUUGAAGUCGGAGAGAAUGGAGGCGGCGACUCGUCGGGGAAGAAGGAGGAAGAAGAAGGAAGAUAGGGUUUGUUUGGGUUUGAUCGAAAAGGAAAGAAGGUGAGGGGAUAAAGUGGGGAUGGGUGGACCAAAAGUUUUUGUUUUUGUUUUUUUU